ACUUAAAAACAAUACAACAACCCUAAAAUUAGUAAUCUCUUUAGAUCGUCUCUCUACCAUCAUCACACUUUAUCACCAAAUCUUUCUCUCUCUCUCUCGCGAUGGCAAAGAACCAAGCAAGCCUUCUCCUACAGAAGCAGCUCAAAGAUCUGUGCAAGCACCCCGUUGAUGGAUUCUCAGCUGGGCUCGUUGAUGAGAAUAACGUUUUCCAGUGGAGCGUCUCCAUCAUGGGUCCUCCUGAUACUCUCUAUGAAGGGGGAUUUUUCAAUGCAAUCAUGACGUUUCCAGAGGAUUACCCAAAUAGUCCACCAACCGUCAAGUUCACUUCGGAGAUGUGGCAUCCUAAUGUUUACUCUGAUGGGAAAGUUUGCAUAUCUAUCCUUCAUCCUCCUGGUGACGAUCCUAAUGGAUACGAGCUUGCCUCUGAACGUUGGACCCCUGUCCAUACGGUAGAAAGCAUUGUGUUGAGUAUCAUAUCGAUGCUUUCGGGUCCCAACGAUGAGUCACCGGCCAAUGUGGAAGCAGCAAAAGAAUGGAGAGACAACAGAGCAGAGUUUAGGAAGAAAGUGAGUCGCUGUGUUAGAAAAUCGCAAGAGAUGCUAUGAACAACAUCUCUCCUGCAUGCGUCUUCUGUCUUGUUGUAACAUUUGUUCGAUUCUAAGUUAAAAGAGGAGAGCCUUGAGAAGAAGCAGCAAGACGGGUCUGUAGCUAUCCUCUUUAAUCUUUCUUGGUUUUGGGUUUUUUUUUUUCCUUUUUAAGGUUUGGAAUCAAAUCCACCCGCGUUAGGAUUAUAUUAUAUAUCUAUCUUAACACUCA